ACAAACAACCCUAAGCAGACCACAAAACCAAGAUGGCGGUGCAGGAGACAGCAUCUCAACUGUCCAUGGCUCUCAAAGUCCAAGAAUAUCCCACGCUGAAGGUGCCAUAUGAGACUCUGAACAAACGCUUCAGAGCAGCUCAGAAGAACAUUGACAGAGAGACGAGUCACGUCACGAUGGUGGUUGCAGAGCUGGAGAAGACACUGAGCAGCUUCCCAGUGGUCGACUCUGUGGUGUCUCUACUGGAUGGAGUGGUGGAGAAACUCAGCGCCCUGAAGAGGAAGGCCGCAGAGUCCAUCCAAGCAGAAGAUGAGAGUGCCAAGCUGUGUAAGCGUCGCAUCGAGCACUUGAAGGAACACAGCAGCGACCAGCCGGCUUCAGUCAAUUUGUGGAAGAAGAAACGCAUGGACCGCAUGAUGGUGGAGCAUCUGCUGCGUUGUGGCUACUACAACACAGCCGUUAAACUGGCCAGACAGAGUGGUAUAGAGGACCUGGUGAACAUUGAGAUGUUCCUCACAGCUAAGGAGGUGGAGGAAUCUCUGGAGAGGCAGGAGACGGCCACGUGCCUGGCCUGGUGCCAUGAUAAUAAGUCCCGUCUCCGCAAGAUGAAGAGCUGUCUGGAGUUCAGUCUGAGAAUCCAGGAGUUCAUUGAGCUCAUCAGACAAAACAAACGCAUGGAUGCAGUCCGACAUGCAAGGAAGCACUUCAGCCAAGCGGAGGGUGGACAGUUGGAUGAAGUUCGGCAGGUGAUGGGCAUGCUGGCCUUCCCAUCAGAUACACACAUCUCUCCAUACAAGGAUCUCUUGGAUCCAGCCCGCUGGAAGAUGCUGAUCCAACAAUUCAGAUAUGACAACUACAGACUGCACCAACUGGGAAACAACUCUGUCUUCACCAUCACCCUACAGGCAGGUCUGUCUGCCAUCAAGACACCUCAGUGCUACAAGGAGGAUGGUACCUCUAAAAACCCAGACUGCCCUGUGUGCAGUAAAUCUCUUAAUAAGUUGGCCCAGCCUCUACCCAUGGCCCACUGCGCCAAUUCCAGACUAGUCUGUAAGAUCUCCGGGGAGGUGAUGAAUGAAAACAAUCCUCCCAUGAUGCUUCCUAAUGGAUACGUCUACGGCUACAAUUCUCUUCUGUCCAUUCGCCAAGAUGACAAAGUGGUGUGCCCCAGAACCAAAGAAGUCUUCAACUUCUCUCAGGCGGAGAAGGUCUACAUCAUGUGAUCACUCAGAUGACACGUCUGAGUGUUAACGCGAUCAGAUAGGGCCUGUCGUCCAUCACCUGUGACCUGGCCUAACCUGGAACCACCCGUGGAGCUGUGAUCCAGUGCCCUUCUUCCUCUCAACAAACACCCUCCCUGAUAUACACGAUCAGCUCAAGAUCCCUCCUCCCAUUUUGUCUCUCAGAAACUGGGCUCUUCUCCUUUCGGACUGUUCUAGAUGUGGCUAGAAGUCGUUUGAUCUGAUCCAUUCAAGCACAUGGACUAUCAACACGUCAUUAUCUUACAGGCCUUCACUCUGAGUAUUAGAGUCUAGAGAAAAGUACUGGCAGGUUGAAAACCUGAUAGGUAGAUGUUUGAUUUUACUACAACAAAUACUAAAAAAACAUCAAAAAAAAAAACAAAAAAAAAACUUGAGGUUACUUUGACUUUUUCAUUUUACUAGUGGGAUUCCUUUAUUACCUAAAUAACAUGUGGCUGAGAUGUGUGGCAUUAACCAGAUUAACUCAUGCGACUUUUCUCCAAAACAAACAUGGCUGUCUGGUCACAUCUCAUUGUGUGGUGCAUGCUGUCGACAUCCUUUGUCUUCUAGCCAUGUUUUUGGUGGUUGUUAAGGAAUAUUUGUGAAAUGCUUCCUUUGAAAACUGCCUUUGAAUCUUACCCUCCUUUUGACUGAAACUGGAGCAUGGUUUCAACUAUUAGAGGCUCCUUUUCAAAUGUAAAUAUUAGAUAAGAAUUGAUCAUCCUCAUCUAUAAAUUCAGGAGUUUUGGGGACCAGUAAUGGCAACAAAGAUGAACCUUCUGUGAAGAUUGCUGUGUAAAUGAGAAAAGUCUUUUCUUGAGUGUCCAAACCUGGUUGUUAUCUGGUUGUUCAAUAUAAUCUCUCAAGAAACUCAAAGUUCCACAAUGCUAAUAACAAUUUUCUAUCUUAAAGAACAUGACACAGUCAAACAAGACAACCAUCUGUAAUGUUUUUUUUUUCUUCAAAUGAACAAACUGUCUUCCUUUUUGUGUGUGAGGUUUGGUGAUGACAAGUUGAUUUAAAUCAAUGCUGGAUAUUUCAUUUGUUUAAAAGGGAGACCCUGGGUGAUUUUAGUUAAUUCGACAUUGCCCACAUAGGUUUAAUUUCAUAACUAUUUUCCCAAUGAAGAACAAGAAAAUAAUAAAGGACUGAUAUUUUUUCACUCUUGUACUCUGCAUAAGUUAAAAGUGCAGCACCUGUACUAUCAAAACUCCAUGUAGUAUCGUGCACAUGCUUUAAAUGUUUUUGAUUUUGGCAUGGUUAAACCCCCCACAAUGCUGCUGGUUCAAUAGUCCUGCAUUUCUUUGCAAAGUCAGUAGGAGAAACUUUCGGAAAGACUUCUGACAACAUGGCUCAUUCUCAUCCUUUCAAAUGUGCUGUAGAUGAUGGACUGUGACUGAACUUAAUUCACAAAUAACACUUCAGUUUCACCACAAACACCCAUGCAACACUAUUUAAAAGUUUGUUUUAACAUGAUCAGUUUUGUGGUCAGUUGUUUCUUCCAUCUACUGUUGAUCAACAAACCAGAAGUCGCCUCAUUUGUGUCCAUUGAUGAUUUAGAACUAUAUCUGUGAAGACGGACUGUCCUGUAUGUUUGUCUUGGUAGAAAUAGAAGUAGGGAUUGUUUCAUGAGCAGUAUGCCUCAUAAAGAUUUCAGUGAACUUUGA